CGUCAUGACGUAAUGCGAUCUACUCCAGAAUAGCGCGCGGCAGCGUAGAAGCCACACGGACCCGUUGAGCUUCUUCUCCGGAACCCCUCGGAACUGUUUGUUUGGACCGAAAUAAGCCCGGCAGGGGCGAUUUGGUACGAGAUGUCGGUGCUAAAGGAGAACCAGUGUUACGGACUGUCCAGCGGUAAACUGAGCCGCGACGGUAACAUCUCAGUUUUUCACGUCAAACUCACAGACAGCGCGGCAAGAGCCAUUGGCACCUUUCAGAAGGGCUGGUCUUCUAAUCCCACCAUCUGUUUUAGUGGAAAUCAAGGGAGAAUCACUAUCCCCUGCUCAGAGAAUAGAGAAGAAGUGAGGAAAUUCACCUUUAGUGUAACUAACGUCGCCUGUGACAAUCCACAUGGAAGCUUUGACUGUGUCCGUCAGCUCAGUACUGGUGCUGCUGAGGAGCUGUCGUGUCUCGGGGUGAUUCAGAAGAAGAUGACCGUCAACGCCACAGAUGACUCGUACGAUAAGGCCCGUCAGAGCAUGGCCCAAGCUGAGGAGGAGACUCGCAGCCGAGGGGCCAUUGUCAUCAAACAUGGGGGGCGCUUCCAGGGGAAGAAGGUUACGGUACGAGCACCAGCCCCGGCACUGGCCAGCCUGGCAAAACCCAAACGCUCAUCCCAGUCCCUUCUCGGCAACAUUAAGAAGAGGGUUGAGAUGUCCAAGGUGACGACGGUAGCCUGUGCAUCAAACAGAAGGAGUGUUGGUGAUGUGCAGGAGAGGCCGCUCAAGGAGAGAGUAAUGCACCUGCUGGCUCUGAGGCCGUACAAGAAGCCUGAGUUGAUCUUGAGGCUGCAGAAAGAUGGACUGUCAGCAGACAGCAGAGAUAUUCUGGACUCUGUACUGACAGAGGUUGGUCAGCUCAACACUAGAGAUAACACAUUUGUCCUGAAGGACAGUCUGUAUAAGGGGCUGCAGAAGGACUGGCCAGGCUACACCUCAGGAGACCAGCAGCUUCUUAAACGCAUCCUUGUCAGGAGACUGUUUCAGCCACAACAGACCCUCCUUACUGUCCCCGGGGCCCAGGUCAGCCCACUGCGAGACACUCCCAACUCCUCCCCAGCACACCGUCCAAAACAUUCCCUUCCAGAGGAAUACACUGACCCUCUGGCCAGUAAGAAGCCCAGGAUAUCCCACCUGUCAAACAAAACCACCAGUGACAAGUCGAGAUUGAGGCCAUCUGAGCAACCGGCUCAUAAAGAUGCCGCAGAGGCAACAGCGGAAGGCGGGCAAAAGAACUCACUGGACCCUCGAAAGCUGUUUGACUCCUUGUCCGCAGUUUAUCAGAGGGAAGAAGAGGUGGCCAAGAGGCUACAGACAAGUGUUCAGCCUGCUGCUGAGCAGGAGCAUGAAAACCCUCAAGAACAUCCUCAGCCUUACUCUGAUCACCCUCCUCCUCUGAUAGUGCCUGAUCUGAAUAGACACACAUUCAAAAGGAAGAAGAGCAAACACAAACACAGAGACCAGGAGAAGGCUAGGUGGAGAGACAGGAAAGAACUGAGAAAGGCUCAAACUUCAGAUGAGCCAAACAACGAAGUCCUGCUGGACUGCCCAGAGUCGAGUGAAAUUUUGUUUGACUCUACUGUGCUUCAACCAGACAGUGACGCAGCAGAUUAUUUAUCGAAGUACACUGUGAUUUGCAGUCAUGACCAGAGGCAGAGCUACAAACAGGACUUUAACAAUGAGUACCAGGAGUACAGAGAUUUACACGCCCGUAUCGACGGCAUGAUGCGGCAGUUCAUGGAGUUGGCCACGCAGCUCAAACAGCUUCACCGUGAAUCACAUAAAUACAAGACGGUUCAUAAUCAAAUUCUUCAAAAAUAUCGCAAAAUUAAAAAGUCCAACCCCAACUACAAUCAGGACAAAAGUCGCUGUGAAUAUCUGCACAACAAACUGGCCCACAUCAAGAAGCUCAUAUCAGAAUACGACCAACAACAGCUCAGUGUGGACCAUUCGUUUCCCAACUAAGGAGCCAAGCUCUGAGAUGAAUGAAGACAAAAAACACCCUGAGGCAAAGGAGGUUCACACUGCUGAGCUGAAUGCCAUCCAGCUGAUUUGGAUGGUCAUGGUUAAAUGUGAUAUCGGUGAGGUUGGGAGCCCUUUAUGAGGAGCAUUAGUGGUACGGUGGGAAAAGGCAGCACUGUAACAUGAGAUCUUUUCUUACAUGAUGAGAGCAUUUCUUUUGAAAAUGAACUGCUGCUGCAGUGACAUGAUACCACCAAGGCACUUAGAGCCCUGACUCACCAAAAGUGGGGUUUGGUCGUUUGGUGUUCCAGCAUUGAAUGAACGGUAGUUAAAUCUUAUGGUCAGCAAUUUCAGUGAUGGUUCUGUUUAAAUGAACUACAGUUUUAUUUGUUUAGCCAUGUUAGGAUGGCGAUGCCAGUCACUCCACUAUAUCUCAGCAACUUCUGAAUGGAUUGCCAUGAGAUUAUGUGCAGAAAUAAACUCCUCCUAUUUGGAUAUAUAGUAAAUGCAGAUUAGGGUUUAAAACCAGACCCAGGGACGGUAUUGGGUGUUCUAAAACCUCCUCAUCUUAAGCUUUUAGUUCAAAACUGUGUGCAUUUAUUACAAGGUGCAUUUGAGGUUUGACCAUAAAAGCUCUUAAAGCUGAAACUGAGCUGUCACUCUUUAAAAUUGAAAUGGUUACAUUUGGAGAAAAGGUGCUAAGCCUAAAAACACCUGUAUAUUCCCAUACUCAUUACUCAUUUUAGUUAUUUUGUGAAUGAAAUGUAAUCAUCACUUUGGGUAUAUGUGUUUUGUUAGCCAUGACAGUGGUCACAUCUUAAGUUGGAAGCAUGAGAAAAUAACUGCACACUGUACAUACCCAGACAGCUCAUGCAGUAAGAAUGGCAGGUGAACAGUCUCUUCUUCUCCAGAGUCACAGAAAAGAUGGUAUCUGGGAGGAACAUGUACACGUCCUGAGAAGACAACUGUAUUCUUUUGGUUUGGUGAAUUGACACUGUACCGGUGUUGUAGUUGGUUCUCCUCAGUUCAGACCGGAUCUGCUCGGUGUUGACUCCUCAAAGUAUUGCCAUUGCCUGAAAUAGUUUCUAAAUCCCGACUGGAUUAAUAGUAUUCCACUGUUGUUAUCCUUCAUGUGAUUUCCCUGAACACAGAAGACUGUUAUGUUGAACAUCAAGUGAACUUUAAGUUGUAUUCAGGGAAUUUACAGUGUCAACUGUGCAAGUAUAAUAAUUAAAAUUGGUUUUAUUUUAGUAUUUAAAGCUAUGGCAUUAUUGGUGCUGUAGGCUGCUACUGUGAAGAAUUUAAAAAUGAAAACAUUCUGUUGCAUGCUGUGUACUUUACACAAUGCAUGAGGAAUCAAAGAUUGUCUUGAGUUUAAAGUAAAUUCAUUUGUUAUUCA